CCAAAGAUGCUUUUCCUGCUGAACUUUUAAAUCGCAGGAACGUGUGGAAAUGUCGUCGGAAGGUAAGAUGGAAAAUGAGCUGAGCAGCGGCGAGGUGAACCGCGCGCUCACGGAGUUCGUGUUGUUCGUGGCGCGGUGCGUGCUGCUGCUCUACCCGGUGUACGUGUGCGGCGCGUUCGGCCUGAGCGUCAGCUGGCUGCUGCUCGCGGUGCUGCUGUGGGGAAUGUGGGAGAAGAACCGGCGGCGCAAGGGCGAGCGCGUGGACGCCGCCAUCGACUUCGUGGAGAACGAGUCUCACGUGAUCAAGCACGAGAUGCUGAAGGCGCUCAACUCUCCCACCUGGAUUCAAUUUAAUGAAGUUGAGAAGGCUGCCUGGAUCAACAAGAUUCUUCAUCAAGCCUGGCCAUUCUUUGGCGUCUACAUGGACAAGCUCCUGAAGGAGAACAUCCAGCCUACCAUUAGGCAAUCCAGCCCUCACCUCAAAACCUUCACCUUCACUAAGGUCCACUUUGGCCAGAAGGCUCCAAUAAUUACAGGCGUACAAGCGUACACACAAGAAGCAGACAUGAGGGAAGUCAUCCUAGACUUCAACAUUGCUUACAUGGGGGAUAUUGACAUCGCCGCAGAUAUAAAGCCACGCAUCUCAGCAGGAGUUAAAGAACUGCAGCUUCAGGGGAUGCUCCGAGUGAUUCUUAGCCCCUUGAUUGGCCAAUCCCCACUUGUGGGUGGGGUCACGAUGUUUUUCAUCCGUCGACCUAGUUUGCACUUGAAUUGGACUGGCAUGACCAAUCUCCUGGAUGGUCCAGGACUACGACCCUUUUCCGAGACGGCCAUCAUGGACAUCAUCGCGUCCAUGAUGGUCCUACCGAAUCGUCUAUGUUUCCCAUUAAUAGACCAAGUCAAGGUGGAUGAAAUGAGAUUCCCUCUGCCUCGAGGUGUGGUACGUGUCCAUGUGCUGGAGGCUCAGGAUCUGAAGGCCAUGGACACAGUAAUGAUGGGACUAGUAAAGGGCAAGUCUGAUCCAUAUGCAGUCCUUACAGUUGGCAACCAGCGUUUCAAAACGAAGACCAUUAAAGAGACCUUGAACCCCAGAUGGAAUGAGGUGUAUGAGUUCGUGGUUCAUGAGGCUCCUGGCCAAGAGCUCGAAGUGGAGGUCUAUGAUGAGGACACGGACAAGGAUGACUUUAUGGGCAGGUUUAAUCUGGAUUUUGGUGAGGUGAAGAAGGAAAGAGAGAUAAAAAAGUGGUUCCUCCUGCAGGAGAUUGAAAAAGGAAAAGUACACAUGAAACUGCAAUGGUUUUCUUUGCAGACUGAUCUGGAGCUACUGAAAGAGGCCACUGAUGGCUGUGCCUGUGCCAUGCUUGCUAUAUAUUUGGACAGUGCCUCUAACCUACCUAAAGACCAUAAUGAAGUAAGCCAGCUUGAGAAACAUGGGAAGCAGCCCAAAGAGGCAAGGCUCACAAGGAAGCAACACAACCCCAAUUCUUAUGUGAAGUUCUCCAUAGACCAACAAAGCCAGAAAAGCAAGACUGUGUAUGCAACUAGAGAUCCUGUUUUUGAGCAGUACUUCACAUUCUUUGUGCACAGUGUGGAAAGCCAGGUGCUUAACAUUCAGGUGAUGUUGGCUGAAAAGAAAAGUUCACUGGGCAUGCUGACUCUGCCUCUCAACCGGCUUCUCAACGCCUCAGACUUGACUCUGGACCAGCAUUUCCAGCUGGAACGUUCCGGCUCCAACGCCCAGCUCAAGAUGAAAGCCAUCCUCAGGAUCCUGAAACUGGAGAAGCCCAAGCCCAAAGUUUCAAACCCUUCAAACCCUUUCAAAGAUCCUCAGCUCCAGCAACCUCAGCAAUCACAGCCAACUCUUGACUCCUUGAAACCUGAAGAGAGAAACCAGGCCACUACGCUGUCACAGAUGCAAGUGCCCAUCAGUUCUUCCAGCGGGCCCCAGGCUGAGUAUAUGGCCCGGAGAGGUUCUCUCCUGGUCUCGGAGAACCGUCUGACGGGCUCCACACGAAUGCGGCGUUAUGACUCGCACAGCCUCCUCUCAGAAAACUCUAUCGCUUCUUCACGCUUCGACCUGGCCGAGGGUGUCCCUUACCCAGACGCCAUCAUGAAUCACCAGGGCAGCUUUGGCCAGAUUCAGAUAACUAUUCGUUAUGCCACGCUGAGGAACAAGCUCACUGUGACGGUCAUUAACUGCAGGAACCUGUUCCCCUGUAACGCCAACGGCUCAGACACCUAUGUUCGCAUUUACUUGCUUCCUGACCAAAAAUGGAAAAACCGCAUGCGCACAAAAGUGAAGACAAACACAGUGGAUCCAAACUUUGAUAAGAAGUUUGAGUUUUCGGUGCCAUUGGAGGAAGCAAAGACCCGGAAGUUAGAUGUUUCUGUGAAGAACAAUCGAAUGUUCCAUACCAGAGAGCGAAAAGAGAUUGGGAUGGUCUUGAUUGAUCUAGCCCAGUUGGAUAUUGUAAAAGGUUCCACAGAAUGGUAUGAGCUCAGUAUCCCAGGGCUGAAGAAAGCUAUCUAGAGGAAUGAAGAUCAUUGAUCAAAUUGAACUGACUCCUUCAGAAGUUUCUGAAUUUCUACACCUCUGUUUACAUUUUUAUUACUGAAUUUCUCUUGCCUCUCAGGUAGUGGAAACUAUGAGAAUCUUUAUUUUUAUUUUAACACUGAAGAACUCUAAAAUAUAGUGCUUUUUUUUUUUGAAUCAUCAGUUGCGAGUGGAGUUUUCACUUGAUGAUGGGAAGCAGGCUUCUUUUUUUUUCUUUCUUUCUUUGCACUCCAUGCUGAACCUUUUUUUUUUUUUUUUUUUUAAAUCAUACUCGAAGUACUGGUACUACUUUGUGUCACUACUUAUGUCGCUUACAUGCACGCAAUAGUUCUGGAUUCAUGACAUUCUCUCUCUCUCUCUCUCGCUUAUAUAUAUAUAUAUAUAUACAUGUACAUUCUCAUGAUCUGUUCUUUUCUUUAUAGGAAAUGUGUUGCACAUUUUAAUGCAUUGUUCAUUGGUUAUGUGAUGUUUACUAGAUUGUAAAGAAUAUGCACCUGUUCCACAUUCCAGCUCUUGACAAACCAAAGACAAGUAAUCAGUAAUUCCUCAAUAACUGUUGUCUGGAACACGCUGAGCACUAUAAUGAAGCAAAAUGUGCACUCUCAGUGAGGGUCUUAAAGAUUAUGUUUAGGAGAGGCGAUAUUUAGCAAAUAUAUAUCAGGGAAAUAUUUGGACAGCAUGGAAUGUGAAUAUGUUUUAAAACAAAAACGUAACUGACAUGGAUGCAUGUUCAGUACUUAAGCA